CUGGUGUUUCUGAGUCUGGCUUUUUUUGUUCCCGUUUUCUCUUUUCAUAACUUUGGUGUUAUUCAACCGAAGCUUCUGUCCUGUGACGGUUUAAGCAAAGCUGUUAUGAGAAACUCCAACUGGAUAAAUAUUGUUUCUGCAGUACAAAUGGCUCCGGUUCUUCUGCUGCUCUUUCUUCCUCUUGCCCUCUGCUGCGAACAGGCCCCUAGCACCGAAUGUGAGACUAUGCCUUUCGUACCCGGGCAUAAUUUGGUGGGAGAGGGCUUUGAUAUUGUGCGAAUGAAGACCACCGGAGCCUUCGUGGUGGACGUGCGUACCUACAUGACAGGAGGAGAACAUGGCAACUGCACUAUGUGUGACAACAAACUGCUCAAAAAGAAGCAGAAGUUGCCGGCAUCUGUACUCGACUGGCGCAUCAAGGUAAAAUGUCGCCGUAGCGUCAGUGCCAGGGUGCACGAAACCGCCAACUCUGUGAUUAAAGACACCACCAAUUCAGCCAGCAUCAGCUGGAAGGUUGGAUUGGGUCUGCCAGGCGUGGCAGGCGUGGCCUUAGGUGGCACUCAUUCGAAGUCAGCCAGGUUCGCAAAGAGCCAUGCAUCUAAAGACAAGUUCUCCUACACAAGUCACACCUUCUCCUGCAGCUAUUACACGUUCCGUCUUCAUGCUCGUCCUCCACUAACCAAAGAGUUCAACGGUUCCAUCAAAGCCCUUCCUGCUCUAUUCAACAGCAAGUCAGAGGCGGCCUACAACCACUUCAUCUCCAUCUACGGAACGCACUUUCUGCGGAGAGUCAGCCUGGGUGGACGCGUAAAAUCGACCACUGCCGUGAGAACCUGCAAGGUUGCCAUGACGGGACUGUCGGUAAACGACGUGAGUAACUGCUUAUCGGUAGAGGCGUCUGGGAUAAUCAAGGGUGUGAAGUUGAGCGCGCAGACGCAGUUCUGCAAGGCCAAGCAGAAAAAACUACAGCGAAGCCACAGCUUCAGCGCCUCUUUCUCUGACCGUGUUACUGAAAUGACAGGGGGCAAUGGUAAGCAUCACGAUAUCCUCUUUACUCCGGACAACAAAAACGGGUAUGGACCAUGGCUCGAGUCAUUGAAGACGAUCCCAGGCGUAGUUUCUUAUACGCUUUCUUCACUCCAUAUGUUGGUGACACACGACCCAGUCAGAAAAGCCAGUUUACAGGCCGCCAUUAGUAAAUACAUAACAAAAAAUGCUAUAAAUAUUGGCUGCUCCUCAAAAUGCAAGGUGGGGCAUCGUAAGGGUAACUGUGCGUGUAAAUGCAGCGGUCAUCAACGUAUUGAUAGUGAUUGCUGUCCAAGCCAGCCAGGAGUGGCCACUUUGACUGUGAUAGUGAUAAGCGGUGCGGGACUGUGGGGAGAUUAUUUCACAAAAACAGAUGGUUAUGUAAAAGUGUUUUACGGAAGCCAAGGGGCUACGACACAUGUGAUUUGGAACAACAACUUUCCUCAUUGGAACUAUCGUGUGGCAUUUGGAACCGUGGAUCUGAGGCAACGAGCGCCAAUUAGGUUUGAGGUGUGGGACCGUGAUAACCGCUGGGAUGAUGAUCUCCUGGGAAGAGGUUCUGUUAUCCCAACUCGAAGCAACGGUAUACAUAGGCGGAUGGGUCUUAAGCAUGGCAGUUUUCUGGUCUCCAUUAGUGCACAUUGUGGCCCGAGACUUGGAGGUGCAUACUGUGAAAAAUAUACCCCUGCACCUGAUGGAGACACUAUUCUAACUGAUUACAACCCAUUGAUGCCAGUUUCAUUCAAUGUAUCAAAUGGUUUUGCAGGAAAAACAUUUCUGUAAAAAUAAGGUUGCGCAAAGAUAAUCUAAAAUGGAUUCAGAGCUUAAAAAAUAACGUGCCACCUGAAUAUCUUAUACAAGAUUAUCAAGUUAUUUGAUUAAUCAAGUCUAUUUUUUUAAUGUUCCUCUAAUUAAUAAUACUUUCUUUAUACACUCUCAGAAAAAAGGUACAAAAGUUGUCACAUUGGACGGUAACUUUUAGAAAGGUCCUAAUAUGUACCAUUUUUGUUCCUUUGAGGUACCAGUAUGCACCUUUUAGAUAUAAAAGUGUAAUUUUUAAAACGUACUGCCAGUGACAACUUUUGCACCUUGUUUUCUGAGAGUGUGCUUUUUACACAACAGUGGCGGCCGGUGACUUCUUUUUUCGAGGGCGCUCGAUGCGAAGUUCGUCACAACAUGUAUGUAGCCUGCCAUGUGUGUGGUUCCUUUUUUAUCAAAAUAUGUGUUCUGCGCGUCGAGCGAUCCUGUGUGCAUCACUUGUCUUGUCAAAAUAAGUGCCUGCUGCAGACGCAUCUAAAGGGUUUAUGAUAAAAGAGACGCUCGCGUUUGCCAGAUACUCGCAUAAUCUCAUGCAUAAUCACAGUUAACUGUUAAGGGAGUGUCGUGCGUAUAUUUUGUGAACGUGAGCGCCUCUUUUAUCAUAAACGGUUUUGACGCCUGUGCAGCAGGCACUUAUUUUAACAAACUCGUGAUGCACAUAGUUCACAUAUUUUCAGGGAUGCACCGAUAGGAUUUUUUUGGGGCGAUAUCGAUUUAAACAGACAACUUCUGGCCGAUGCCGAUACCGAUAUUAAACACUUGUAUACAAUACUAUACAGUUGGUCUAUUAGCUAGUUUAUUUCUGCAUCAAAUUAUUUUUACUGAACAUGGAUUGGAUCUAAUUGACAUUCAACUGACCAACAUAAUAAGAGAGGCACAAAUUAAGCUAAAACAAAUACAAUAAGACAACAUGACAACCUUCAAAUGUGGUUUUUGCUAUUUAGCAUUUAUUUUAUUAACAACAUUAACUCAUUUUUUUACAUAUACUGGAUUUUUAUGCAGUUAAUUAAUAAACAAUCGGUAUCGGCCUUUCUUGUGCUAUUGCCGAUAUGCCGAUGGUUUCAAAUUCAUCAAAAAUCGGCCGAUAAAUACUGGCGGCCGAUAAGUCGGUGCAUCACUACAUAGUUUGAAAAUGCAAGCAACACACAUGACACUCCGAAUACUUCUUUUGAAUUAGCGCCCCUCAGAUGAGCAGUUACAAGCCGCCACUGUUACAGAAUAGCCAUUUUAUUAAGAUUAAGCAAAAACAUAGUUAGAUAGAUGAAAUACAGAACCUUUAAAAAAAGCAUUUUGGUUUAAGGCCUUACACUUUCACUGUUUAGAGAUAUCAGUGGUUAAAAAUGCAGAAGGCAUAUUCAAGGUUUAAACCUCAGUAAGUGGCUUUCAAUUAACUGCUUAAAGUUUAGGAAUAUAGGAGCACAGUGAUUAAGGUUCGAGCUAAAUGGUGGGAACAAGGAUAUUUGAUUGGGGUGGAGUUGGCUCAGCAUUUAUUUUCUUGACAAUGUUGGCAUCCACACACAGGCAUUAAUCCACUUUGCAUUUUUUAGAGUGCAUUUUUGAAAUACUCCAAAUGCAGUCUGAGUUCAAGUAAACGCAUCAGAGCUCAAAAGAAAUGAAGAAUAAUGAGAAACCCACGGUAGAUGCAUUAUGUGUUUCAAAAUGAACAGGAAAUAAAAUGCAAUAUUGCAAAUUAUUUAAUGCAGUCAAAGCAUUAGGGAGAAAAAUGGCAGAAAAGAGCAAAGAAAUUGGUAAACGAAAAUUGUCAUAUAGAAGAAAAAGAGACUGAUCUGAAACUGUCUGAAUUCUUUUUAACAGAUUAGGUUGUAUUUGUUACCUUAGGACAUGCAUUAGCUUACAUGAACUAACAAUGAACUUCUACAGCAUUUAUUAAUCUUAAUUCAUGUUAUUUUCAGCAUUUACACUGUAAAAAGUAGAAUUUAAAGGGACACUCCACUUUUUUUAAAAAAUGCCGAUAUGGCUUGGAAAUAUAACAUAUAACAUGGCUGCAGGAGGCGCAAUGAUAUUAUCAUGUUACAGCAGCAAAGUCCUUGAUUAUUACACCAGAAUGAGAGUAUAGUUCCUAGCCAUAUCUGCCUAGAAAAUCACAACUUUUAAUUUUCCGUCGGUCUUAGUACACGAUGUAACUACAAAGAGUCAAGUUUUAAAUAGGAAAAAAUAUCGAAACUCUUUGGUUAUUUUUAGCGCAAUGCUAAUGGUCUAAUCAGAUUCAAUGGAUUAUGCUAAGCUAUGCUAAAAGUGGUACCGCCAGACACUGAGGUCAGCUGAAUGGAUUCCAAAACGGUAAGAAUCAAAUGUUUAACUCUAGGGGAGCUGGAAAAUGUGAUCACACUUUACAAAAAAAGUGGAGUUUCCCUUUAAGUUAAAAAAAAUCUGAUUUUAGGUGUAACCAGUUAAAGUAAUUUUUUUAGUUUUUUAAGUAAUAUAUUACUAAUAUAUUAUUAAAAUGGGAGGCCCUGAGAUUGUGCCGGGGGCCAGUUUUAUUUCAUUUUAUGAAAUACAUGAAUUUAUCAUUUAUUCUGUGUAAUUAAACCUCUGAAAAAUAAGGCAUAGAAUUUUAUAUUUUAAUAAGUUUUGUUUAAUUCAAAUUUGAUGUUUUACAAUGUUUCUUGUCAUACAUUUUCUUUGGGGGGGGUCAUAAAGGGUCACCGUACACAAGGGGAGGGGACACGCUGAAAAAGUUUACAAAACUGAGCAUAUGCAUUACUAAUGUUAACAAAAACAAACUUAUUGUAAAGUAUUACCAAUUUUUCUAUGUAGUUUAUAGUUAACCCUAGUUGCCUAAUAUGAAUGUUUUUGUUGGUUAUAUGUACUAUUUGGACUAAUAUAGCUUUAAGAAAAUAUAUGAUAUUUACAAAAACAGUCAAAGUCUUCAUAUAAAGAUGUUUAUGUCGUUUGAAAUUGCUAGUUUUCUAGAAAAUGGUGAUGUAUAAAGGGCUGCAUGUAAAAAAUGGUUAACAUUCAGAACGGCACCUGUUACCCAUCUGUUUCUAUGUCUGUGAGUUACAGCAUUUUAAUUUCAUCAUUCAUUGUAAUUUGAUAUG